AUGCAAGCCAGUAGUGUUAUCGACACGAAACUGGGCUUUACUCUCUCCAUUAUACCCACCCUCUUAAUUUUCUCCCUUUACUUUUAUUCAUUUUCUUUUCCCUUUACGUCACUUCUUUAUUCUCUCUGCUGGUUUACUAUUUCUUCCUUUGUUCAUUUUUUUCUCACUCAAUUCUUCCGUUUCCUCCUCCUCCUCUUUCUCUUUUUUCCUGUUCUCCUUUUCUCCUCUUUCUAUCUCUCUCUCUUUCUCUUUCUCUUAACUCUAGUUACUCCCUCAGCCUCUUCACCUUCUUUUAUUCCUCCUACUUCCUCUGUUUUUUUAAUCCUCCACUUUCCUUUUCUUCUUUGCCUUCUUUUCAUUUUUCUUUUUCUUUCCGUUUUAUUCUCUUUCCAGACCUUCCUUUCAUUCUUUUUUCCAUAUCUUUACAUUCUCUUUUUUCUCACCUUCUUUCUCAUUUAUUUUUCUUCUCUUUUACAUUUUCAGUUCCCACUUAUUUCUUUUUUAACAUUUCAUUUUCUUUGUUUUAACUUAUCUCUCUCUCUCUCUCUCUCUCUCUCUCUCUCUCUCAUCCUAUUCUUAAAUUUCCGUUUCAAUCAACUUUUUCUCUUUUUACCUCUUAUUUUCUUCUCUCCGGUAUUUUGCUUCCUUUUCUUUUCACCCUAUAUCCCCUCUCUCCAUCUUUCCUUCUCAUUCAAAUUCAUACCCCUCCUCUUCCUUAUUUCUCCUCAUUCACUUUUUGGUUGUAUUUCUCUGAGGAGAGUCGCAACACAAUCUUCAAAUGUAACUGAUUUUGAUAUCUAUCUAUCUAUCUAUCUAUCUAUCUAUCUAUCUAUCUAUCUAUCUAUCUAUCUAUCAUAG